AUGGCAGCAAAACAUCAUCCCGAUCUUAUUAUGUGCCGAAAGCAACCAGGAAUAGCUAUUGGAAGAUUAUGUGAAAAAUGUGAUGGUAAAUGUCCAAUUUGUGAUUCAUAUGUAAGGCCAUACACUUUGGUACGAAUAUGUGAUGAAUGCAAUUAUGGGAGUUAUCAGGGAAGAUGCAUUAUUUGUGGAGAAGUAGGUAUAUCGGAUGCCUACUAUUGCAAGGAGUGCUGCCUUUGUGAAAAGGACAGAGAUGGAUGCCCGAAGAUUGUUAACUUAGGUAGUGCAAAGACGGAUCUGUUUUAUGAAAACAAAAAAUAUGAGUUUAAAAAGCAGUAA